AGAUCACCUCGCUCCACAGUUUCUGAGGUCUCAUCAAAGUGGCCAAUGCGUUGGGAUCUUCUUGCUUAAACACAAAUUGGUUUCGAGAGUUUCAAAUCACCCAUGCAAUCGCUGCCGCUCUCCCCAUAAUCUCAAGCGAUUGGGAGAUGUCCUUGAGAACACCAAGCAAAG